AUAUAGGAUAUAGGAUAUAGAAGGGCUUACCAAAAUGUCCAAACGCCACCGCCUCACGCCCUUUACCAUUGCCAAGGAGCCAGAGGCCGCCAUAGUCCCGCCACGCAAUCUGGACUCGCGGGCCACCAUCCAAAUUGGCGACCGUACCUUUGACAUCGAUGCAGAUAGUCUUGAGAAGAUCUGCGAUCUGGGCCGUGGCGCCUAUGGAAUCGUGGAUAAGAUGCGCCAUAAGCAAACCGAUACGGUCCUGGCCGUCAAACGCAUACCCAUGACCGUAAAUAUUCGAGAACAGCACCGCCUUGUGAUGGAUUUGGACAUAUCGAUGAGAUCCAGUGACUGCCCCUAUACCGUCCACUUCUAUGGAGCGAUGUACCGCGAGGGCGAUGUCUGGAUCUGCAUGGAGGUGAUGAGCACCAGCCUGGACAAGUUCUAUCCGAAGGUCUUCCUCCACGAUCUGCGAAUGGAGGAGAGUGUGCUGGGCAAGAUUGCCAUGAGCGUGGUCAGUGCGCUGCACUAUCUGCACGCUCAACUGAAAGUCAUCCAUCGGGACGUCAAGCCCUCGAACAUACUGAUCAAUCGGGCCGGCCAGGUCAAGAUCUGUGACUUUGGCAUCUCAGGCUACCUCGUGGACUCCAUUGCCAAAACCAUCGAUGCUGGUUGCAAGCCGUACAUGGCGCCGGAACGGAUCGAUCCCCAGGGAAAUCCGGCGCAAUACGACAUCAGGUCGGAUGUUUGGUCGCUGGGCAUCGGCAUGAUCGAAAUGGCCACUGGCCGCUACCCGUACGACAAUUGGCGAACGCCAUUUGAGCAACUGCGUCAGGUGGUUGAGGACAGUCCGCCGCGCCUGCCGGAGGGAACCUUUUCGCCGGAGUUCGAGGACUUCAUCGCCGUCUGCCUGCAGAAGGAGUACAUGGCGCGGCCCAACUACGAGCAGCUGCUCAAGCACAGCUUCAUCGUGGAGCACCUGCAGCGCAACACGGACAUCUCGGAGUUCGUGGCCAGGAUACUGGACCUGCCCGACGCCCAGCCGGCGCAGUAGGUUAAUGGCCGGGUAGCUGGUUAAUGGUUAACCCAUGGCGCCGCCCCCUUAACCCCUCAAGCCGUGCCCGUGCCCGUGUAAAUUGCCGCCGUCUUCUUCUAGCAUGCAUUUCGUGCAUGUUGUGUGUGUGUCCCCCGUCUGUGUGACAGCAAAAGGAAUAAAACUUUAUAUGAAUGGAGUCCAAGGAAAGCAAAAAACAAACCCAACAUCAAUCAGCAAUAAGCGUCAGCUAAUCUAAA